CUUACUAUUUAGUACCAGUAAAUCUCAUUUUUGACGAGCUUUCAUUUGGUAUAAAAUUCAUUAUAUACUCCUGGAAUAAUAUUAUGUCCUAUGGCGGAGCACGCCCAUAUAUAUAUAUUUUUUUUCUCAAGAAUAAAAAUAAAAUCUAUUUGUAGGUUCUUUGGCGUAGUUUAUAUUUACGUUUUUACGAAAAUCAAAGACCUCAACAUGAAGCUUGGGAUGAAUAUUUAAUUAUUAAAGAAAAAGAAAUACAACUUCGUUCAUAUGUCAAUAAAUUAAGACAAGAAUUACUUGAACUUGAACGAAAAUGUACGGAAAAAAAUAGCAAUAUGAUUAAGAUAGAAAAAGAUACAGUCACAACAACUUAA